AUGAUCCAGGCCGGAACCCAGAGACUCCGAGAUCCCCUCCCACCGCCGCGACGAAUCCGGCACCGCUCGCCCGCGAACCCCUCAGCGACAGGCGCGCCGUUCUCCUCGCUCCAGCGCGCUCAGCGACUGUCGCGCUUCGAUGACCGCUCCAGUCAACCAUCUAGCGACCCUGCGCUCUUCUCCAGUGACGAUAUCCCGGCUUCCGGACUGGAGAACUACCAUGCGACGGUGUCGGGCGCGGGUCGCAAACGGCGGUAUCGGGGGACCUGGUGGGGGGAACAGGUGAUUGAUCCGAAGCGAAAAAGGGCGGACUUUAAGGAUAAGAGGAAUGUUGAUAGUGGUGUGUGGAUGGGGAGUGAUGAGUCUGGCGCUGAAUCGCUUUUAGCGUCGGAGGAUGGCUCGGCGUGGGGAGAAGACUUGCGCAAGUCUGUACUUGAUCCUAGAAAGUCUGGAUCUACGGUCUUCGUUAAUGAGGCGGAGAACGUGCCCGCGCAGACUCGCGUUGCGUUUAGAAGUCCUGAAGAAUCCGAUGCUCAUCGAUACGCGCGGGAGGUUGUCAGCGAUUGUCUUGAUAAGGGACAUGAGAGCAUUGAUCUGGGUGACUUCCACCUGAGAACUAUACCAUCCGGUCUCCUACGACCCCUACAGCACUUAACGAAGCUUCCAUCAGUCAAGGAAGCCCCGGUCUCAGAGAACGUCUUCACAUCUCUACAACCGUUCCUCCACAUAUAUCUCCCCAACAACUCCCUAUCAGCCCUGCACAACGAUCUCUUUGAGCUCAGCAACAUCAAAGUCCUCAGCUUGCGAAACAACAAGCUGACCGAAAUCCCAUCUACAGUCCGCAGACUGAGAGCACUGGAAGUCUUAAACCUUUCCGUCAAUCAAUUGACCUAUCUUCCUUGGGAGGUCCUCAAACUCAUGCAGCAAGGCGAACUGAAACACCUGACCGUACGCCCGAACCCAUUCCUCCCCAUCGAAGAAGCGCAGAUCGCAGAAUGGCACUACAAAUCGACCAAUAAAAAGGAAACAGAGAACGAGGACUCAUCAGAAGAGGAUUCAUCUCCUCCGCUCCAAUUCCAAGAGCAGCAAUCUUCUCCCAACGAGGGCUGGACCCCUAUCCUCGUCGCAACCGGCCCAAUCACCUACAUGAAUAUGGAGGGCAAUCCCAUGAGAGACACCUCAUCCCGCAACAGACACACUCUCAUACCAUCAAAACUGGCCUCUCCUGUAAAUAACGCCCCGUCCCUGCGCGAAGUCGCCCUCCGUGCGGUGAGCAAGCUCCCCUACCUGGAGCAAACCACCGACGAAGAGCUAGCCGAGUAUCCAGCGCUGAUUAUGCCCUUGCUGCAACAAGCGAGAGAAGUGCGCGCUGCGGGUGGACAGUCCUGCUCCGUUUGCCAGCGAAAAUAUGUGAUUCCCCGUACUGAAUGGAUGGAGUGGUGGGACUUUACCCCGUGCGAGAAUGGGAUGAAGAUGCCUCGUUGUCCUGGCUGUUCCUCCGGCUUGGGUCUGUCAUUAGCACGCACAGCCCAAUCAAACGGCCACACGGUACUCGCAACAUCCCGCCAACCGUCCCGCACCCCAGAUCUCGUAUCCGAGAUAACCCAAAACGGGGGCGAAUGGCACGCACUCGACGUCGACAGCCCAACCGCAGCGUCUGAGCUGCUAUCUACGCUCGAGUCUGCAGGACACAAGAUCGAUGUGCUGGUCAAUAAUGCCGGAUACGCGAUUCUCGGGGCUGUAGAGCAGUUCUCGGACGAGGAGCUGCGGGCACAGAUGGAGACGGUGUAUUUUGGACCGAGUCGGUUGAUUAGAGCUAUUGUGCCUGGGAUGAGGGAUAGGCGGUUUGGAGUUGUUGUUAAUGUUAGUUCUGGGGCUGGGUUGGAGGGGAGGGAAAGGAUGGGUGCUUACGCGGCUGCGAAGGCUGCUAUGGAUGGCUUAUGUAAAGUACUCGCUAAAGAAGUUGCGCCUUUCAACGUCCGUCUUCUGACGGUGUGGUUGGGAGUGUUCAACACGCAGUUCGGGACUGGAUGUGUUUCUCCUGCUAACCCUUUACCGGCGGAUUAUGCUGGUUCUGUGGCUGCGAAGAUGUUGGAGGCUAUACAGAGCGGUAAGCAUGUUGCCGAUGGUGACAAGGAUAAGGCUGCCAAGGCGAUUUAUGAAGUUGUUGUUGGUGAGGGUGUUGGUGCUGGACGUGAGAGUGAGGAGUUCUUACCCUUGGGUCGGGAUAUGAUUCCUCGCAUUGAAUUGGUGCGUGAUCGGUUGGUUCAUACGCUUGAUGUGUUUGGGGAUAUUGCUGGGAAUGUCUAUGUUGAUAAGGAAUGA